AUGAUGAGUACUCAUCCUUUGGAGAAACAGUACUGCAUCUCACGACCAAUAUACUCCAACCAUAACUUUGAGGAGGACAAUGAGAGACAAGUCCGAGAGACCAAGAGCCUGAGACAAAGGCUCAGCACGAAUUUUGAAUGCUCAGGUAGGAGGGCCUUACAGGUGGUUAAAGGUCUCUUCCCUAUCCUGGAAUGGCUCCCAAAAUACCCGGUCAAGCUGUGGUUGCCUAGUGACAUCAUCUCUGGAGUCAGCACUGGACUGGUGUGCAGCUUACAAGGUCUGGCGUUUGCGCUGCUGGUAUCUGUUGCUCCAGUAUAUGGACUGUACUCUGCUUUCUUCCCCAUUCUCACCUACUUUUUGCUUGGCACCUCCAGGCACAUCUCUGUAGGUCCAUUUCCUGUAACCUGUCUGAUGGUGGGCUCAGUGGUCCUGACACUUGCUCCAGAUGAAAAUUUUCUACGUCCUGUAAAUGGCAGCACUACUGGGAAUGGAUCAUCUCACGAUGGUUUCAUAGUGGAUGUGAAAGCCAGGGAGGAAUACAGGAUUAUGGUGUGCUCUACUAUGACUGUUCUGAUUGGAGUGUUUCAGCUGGCCAUGGGUGCGUUGCGUGUGGGCUUUCUGGUGCGGUACCUGUCAGAUCCACUGGUGGGAGGAUUCACCACAGCAGCAGCAUUCCACGUGUUUGUCUCUCAGAUCAAGAUCGUCCUCUCUGUGCCAACCAACAACUACAAUGGGCUUUUUUCUCUUCUUUAUACGCUAAGAGAUAUAUUUCAAAACAUUAGACAAACCAAUGUGGCUGACCUAGUUGCUGGUUUGCUGACCAUUCUCAUAGUGAUGGUUGUGAAGGAAAUUAAUGCAAAAUACCAGCACAAGAUUCCUAUUCCAAUACCCAUCGAAGUAAUUGUGACAGUGAUUGCUACAGGGAUCUCCUAUGGUGCAAACCUGGAUUCCCGCUAUGGCGCCAGUAUUGUCCGCAACAUCCCGAGGGGGUUCACUCCAGUUCGACCACCAAACACAGAACUCUAUGGAACCAUCGUGAGCUCUAGUUUUUCCACAGCAGUGGUGGGCUAUGCAGUGGCAGUUUCAGUAGCUAAAGUCUAUGCAGCGAAAUAUGACUAUGUCAUAGAUGGCAAUCAGGAGCUCAUAGCAUUUGGUAUCAGCAAUAUAUUCUGUGGCUGUUUCUCCAGCUUUAUUGCCAGCACAGCACUGUCUCGCACUGCAGUGCAGGAAAGCACAGGAGGAAAGACUCAGGUGGCUGGAAUAAUCUCAGCCUUCAUAGUGAUGAUAGUGAUCUUGGCUGUUGGGCACCUGUUACAGCCACUACAGAAGUCUGUGCUGGCUGCCAUCGUCAUUGCUAACCUGAAAGGAAUGUUUAUGCAGGUGACUGAUGUACCAGUGCUCUGGAGACAGAACAGAGUCGACUGUUAUGUCUGGGUGGCCACCUGUGUGCUGUCCAUCAUUCUAGGACUUGAUGUCGGUUUACUGGCUGGUCUGGUGUUUGAGAUGGGUACUGUGGUGGUCAGGACGCAGUUCCCUGCCUGUUCUACACUGGGAAACAUCCCUGCCACUGACAUCUACAGGAAUGUAAAGGAUUACAAAACUGUCGAGGAAAUUCCGGGAGUAAAGAUUUUCAAGUGCAGCUCGCCAAUAUACUUUGCCAACAUUGACUACUUCAAAGAAAGAUUGAGAGAUUCAGUUGGGUUUGAUUCGGUUCGAGUGUUUAAGAAGAGGAACAAAGCACUGAAGAAGAUCCAUAGACUGAUUAAAAAAGGGAAACUGCAGGCAAAAGAGGAGGGGGUGGUGUCUGUGGUCUCACUAGGUGUGGAUAAUGAGGCCUAUGAGAGUGAGCAGGACCCUGGGCAGGUCAAGAACAGUGGUCAGCCCAACUCAGAGACAGAUAUUCGAGUGGAUUGGACUUUGGAGUUGCCGGUUAAAGUGUCAGUUCCAAAAGUUAACAUCCACAGCCUGGUGUUGGACUUCUCUGCUGUCUCCUUUGUUGAUGUUGUGGCUGUGAAGUCCUUAAAACUUGUCAUUAAGGAAUUCUUACGCAUUGGAGUCAGUGUCUAUCUAGCAGGAUGUGAUGAUAACAUUGUCAGAAGAAUGGAGGCUUUAUCUUUCUUUGAUGAUGUUGUGACUAGAGACCUCCUCUUUCUCUCCAUUCAUGACGCUAUCUUAUUCAUAAGACUGGAGGCCGCCAGCAGAAAUGUACAUGAUACCAUAGAAAGCAAGAUUUCUCAGAUGCAGAGCAACAAAGAUCCACCACCUUUCACUGAGGAAGAGGAUCUGAUUGAGACAUAUGAUAACCAACAUCGAGCUAUUCAUGGACUUUCCAACUAA